AUGGUCUCAGUUCAGAGCUGCAUGAAGAGGAACAUGGCUGGUUCUCCUCCUGCUUUACCCGGCUUUGGCAGCUCAGGGAAGAGUUUUCUUAUUGACAAUCUUCUGCAGUCACAUACGGCUCCAACCCGUCCAGAUGGACUGGCAAGUGGACGUCUGAGACGAGUGGCAUGUGAACGUCCAAGGAGAACCUGGAGUCCUCAACACAGAGUCUUCCAAAGCCAGGCCCAUGGUCCCCAGCAGGUGAAGGCACUGGGAGGACAAGUCCUGCCACAUUCAGGUGUGCUGAGUAGUGUUUUCCUGCGAAGCCCACAGUAUCUGCUGGCCUUCUGCGGUGGGUCCAGCCCCCCUCCUGUCUUCUCCAAGGGAGCAAAUCUUCAAAUGUGGCCAGGUGAUGUAAGCCCGAAAUCACGCAGAGGGAUACUACGAAGAGCCGUAUUUUCUGAAGAACAGCGAAAAGAACUGGAGAGAACUUUUCGUAGACAGAAGUACAUCAGCAAGACUGACAGAAACAAACUGGCAGCUGAUCUCAGCCUCAAGGAGUCACAGGUGAAGAUCUGGUUCCAGAAUCGGAGGAUGAAAUGGAGGAACUGUAAGGAAAAGGAGAUUCACAACAGUCGCUCUCCAAUGGAUGAGCUCAUGGCCCGAGGUCUUGCUCAGGAAGAGGAAGAACCAUCACAGAAUUACACUGAUGCAAAAUUUACCAGAUCAGCAUCAGAGAAAAGCAACAGGGACACAUGAGAACUUUCAUCACAAAGCAAACCAGUUACCAUCCUACAUCCACAAACACCUCUGUAGCACUGAGAGGCUGUCACCAACGUGGAUGAAUACAACUGUGUGCCUGUAAAGCCUAACACUGACCAUAGUAAUGUCUCUUUCAGUGCACGUAGCUGUUUUGUUGCAUCAUAAAUGUAAUAGUUUAAUAGGUUGCUUGGUCAAUCAUGUCAUUGCAUUUCACUGGCUUCAGUAAGCAAUUUUAUGGUUAGUACACUGACAAGUCUUUCCAGGAAAGACUCCCUUAUAAUUGCA